AUGAGAGAUCAGGGCCUACCCUUUCUGUACCAUAUGGCGUACCUUGGUCACCUGUGGAAACAGAAAUCAGAGGAGGAGGAAGAGGAAGAAAAAGAAGAGGAGGAGGGGGAAAAGGAAGAAGAGGAGGCAUCUCUGGAUCCAAUGAAACCAUCUCUUAUGCUGGAGCCUCAGAAAAUCAUCCCCAUGGGGGUCCUGUUUAAUUCUAAGGCUAGAUGUAGGGAUAUAAACAAGAGACAGAACUGCUGGGCCUCUAAGCUCCCAGCUUGCAGCUUACCCCAAGUCCUGCAUGGAACCAGCCCCCCAGGAGUCUUGCCUGACUAUGAGCCUGUUAGGGGGAACAUGGAGAAGAAAGAAAACUGUUGUGCUCCACUGUUCCCAGGUUGGAGCCUCAGCCCAUCCCCAAACUCCGUUUCAAAGUCUCACAUAAGUGAGCCUUUUGGAGACCAAUGCAACUGUAAGCCUGAGGGGAAAGCAUCAGUGGAGCAGACAAAGAACUGCUGGGCCACUGAGCUCCCAGCCCAUAGUUCACUUUCUGCUCCCCUACCAGAGCCACACACUGACCUUCAAUGUGUGUGGAGAUGGGCACAACAGAGAGAAGUCCCCCAGGGCUCCAGCCCUCCAAAAGUUAAUACCCUGCAGCCAAUACCCUGGCUUCCCACCCUCACUGAAGUUGUGCAGAUUGUGCCCACUCAUUCUGGCCUACCCAACGGAGAGACAUUUCCAGGACCUAAGGCUGAGGCCCCACUCUCCCAGAGAGAGGCUGUUCCAGAGGUGCUCACAAACCCUGGGACCCAUGCCUGGCAGUGGAGUAAAGAGUUGGAACUCAGGCUGAAAACACUGCAGCAGAGCCCUGCAUCCAGAUCCCCGAGCUCAAGCCAACUACUUUGUAGCUCCCCUGCCUUGAGCUCCACAACUCCAGACUCCUGCCCCCAAAAGCAGAUUUAUCUCCCUAACCUGUGCCUCUCCUCUUCAAGUGGUCAUCCCCCAAAAGUUCAGAGCACAGUAUCUCAACCUAUCCAGGUCUCCUACUGUCAUCACUCCCAAUCCCUAUUCCAGCCACAGCUAGGAGGGUCUGGCAGAGCAAGACAAGGGCCUCAGAGAGAGGCGAACUUGAAGGGGAAGACUGCCCAGGUCCCAUCCCAAGGGUCGUGUGUACACACAAAGGCUGGUGAUAUCCAUUCAGGCCCUGGAGAGCCUUCAAACCCUGAUAUUCUAGUCUCAGGCAGGAAACAAAACAAGGCUUCAGCCCUUUCUUCAGUGAAAAAGGGAGAGAACCCCAGAAAACCCAAAGCAGACCACAGAGCAGGGAAUGCAGGAUUAGGGUCAUCCACUGUCACAAAAAAGAGCCACCCUACCCAGGCCCAAAGACUAGUGGAGGCUCCUGUAAGCAGACUUUCCCAAAAAUCUCAACACAGGGGCCAGAGCUCUCAAGACAGUUCUCUUCCCCAGAAGCUCUUCCCCAAGAUUUCAGGUCCCCAUGACCAGGCAGGGAAAGAGCUGAGAGCUGGUGACAUCCUGAGCCCUCACUACUGUAAGCACUAUCCUUGGGCCCACACGAAGAGCCAUCUUUCUUCUCCUAUACCCCAGGCUCACCUUUCCAGGGGUCUCCAAAGAGUAUUAGCCAAAUUUUUAGGUAACCGUGGACCCUUGCUCACCAAAUCUAUUCAAGAGAAGAAAGCCUGA